AACUGACAUUGAAGAAAAUAGUAAGGAAGAAAAAAAUGGCGAGAACUCCUUACACUGACAAGAAUGGUGUGAAGAAGGGCACUUGGACUGCAGAAGAAGACAUGAGGCUUGCUGCCUACGUCGCUGCGCACGGUUGCCGGAACUGGCGCCGAUUGCCUAAAUAUGCUGGUUUGGCAAGAUGCGGGAAGAGUUGCCGGUUGCGGUGGCUGAAUUAUCUGAGGCCCGACAUUAAAAGAGGGAAUUUCACAGAGGAAGAGGAAGAUGCCAUCGUUGCUUUACAUGGAUCGCUCGGAAACAAAUGGUCGAUAAUUGCUACCCAUUUGCCAGGGAGAACCGACAACGAGAUUAAGAACUACUGGAACACUCACAUGACCAAGAAAUCUCAACCUAAACCCACCACUACAGACCCUGCACAGCCAAUUGUUUGCAGCAGCAACGACAGUAAUAGUACGCAUGAAACCAACGUUGAGGUCGUCUCGCCCUCCCAGAAUGAUCAAUUCUACUUGUCCCUGCCACAUAUGUCACCAACAACUGACAGCCCGAAUGCAAUCAGUAGCAGUUCGGUUUUGAUGGUGAAUGAUAUCUAUCAGUCUGAUUUUGGUGGCGAUUUUUGGUCGCAGCCAUUCCUGGUUGAUGCUGAUGAUGACUAUACAAAGCGGGAGAUUUACAGUACCACUGAUGAUCCAUAUUUCGGCCCAUUAUACGAAGGAGACAAUGAUUACAUGCUUUGGCUUCAUUAUGGCUUGCACAAUGAGUUGGUGCAAGGGCCGGCACCAGUUUGUUAAGAUGUACUAUGUAGUCCAGGGCUGGGCCCACAGAUGUUUUGAACUAAUAUGCGGCAUAAAUAAUUACGUGAGUUCAUAGUUGCUGCAAAAUAAAGCAACUAUGAUGUGUUGAAAAC